UUUAUUACUUAACUUUAGCUUAACUAAAGAAAUAAAAAUCCUUUUACUUUAAUUACAUUCGUGACCGGGAAUUUUAGUUUUUCCGCUUUUUAGUUUUUCUUACAUUUUGUUUCUGUUCUGUUAAUGAUAAAUGUGUUCACACCAUGACCAUAAUUAAGAUAAAAAAUGUGCUGUUUCCUUUUGUUUAUUUUGCCUGCCUCACAACAAAACAGUGUUAAACUUCUAACAGAUCCUGUAAAGCCUAAAAAGCUUCACCCUCUUAACUCCCUCGUUUUGCCAUUUUGAUUAAGGAAAUUUGUCAUGAUUGAAAAAUAUAAAUUUUAUACCGACAUUUUGGUGUUGUUUUUAUUGAAUGGCAUAAAAAUUAAAGAAAGAGACAAGAAAUAAAAAAAUUUCGUAUUAAUGCGGGUAAUAAAUUGGGCAAACAACAACAACAAAUAAAACGGGAACAAGGCCCUUAGCAAAAACCAAAAAAAGAACAAACACCCACUUCAUAAGCCAGGGUUUGCAAAUUUAAAGGAAAACGAAAGUGUGCUAAUAAUAUAAACAAAUAAAAACAUAAAAUAAUUUAUUGCAAAUAAAACCAUAUUUUGUGUAAUUAUAUUUAAUUGUUAUUGUUAUUAUUUGUCUGUUAUUGCUGUGAAAAAAUAUAUUCUCGAGAGAGUGAGUGAAAAAACACAACACAACGAUAAAAAAGUAUAAUAAUAAAAAAAGCAAGAAAAAAACUAAUAAUUAAAAUUAGUUAUCAACGUAUAAAAGUACCUAAUAAUUAAUUAUUCCCCUACACCUCAUCAGUUUUUAUUAUGCUGAUGGACAAUGGCAGUAACAGCGGCAGCGUUGUUGGCUCUAGCCACAAUGCUGCCGAUUCAAUGGGCAAUUGUAGCGGUGGUGAGACUUUAAGUCGUACUACAUCGGCCAAAGAUCUUAAUAAUGAUGAGGAUGAUGAUGACGAGGAGGCGGAGGAAGAGGAGGAUGAAGAAAAUACUGCAACGGCUGAAUCACCACUACUUCCCAUCAAAGAGCACAGUUUAACGGAAACCAAUAAUAACGAUAAUACAACAGCGACAGCAUCACCAACACCACCUACACUUACCACCACAACAACACCAGAUAGUGAUAAGAAUACCUCAAUUAACAUAUCACAAAAUAGAUUAUCAGCGGAACUGCCGGUAGUAACACCGAAUGAUUUAAGUCCCUCCUAUAGUGGCAGUCGUAAACGUUUCUCCAUACCCUCCCUGCUUCCAAUAACACGAAAACUUUCCAUCGAAAGUAUAACCCACCCGCUCCAGACACUUUUGGGCAUAAGUGAAGAGCAAUGUCAGCGACGCAAUUCACAGCCAAAUCUUAAACGUUACCGUAGUCGAGAAGAUACAGGACGUCGUAGUCGAUGUUAUUCGAAUCAAUUUUAUACAAAAACCUCCACCACUUCACCGUCACGUAAACAUUCACACAAUUAUAAUCUCUAUCCCAAGGAUUCGUUUUAUAAUCUACAAGGUAAGGCGCCCAAGCCCUCCAGUAAAAUGCAAGCCAAAGUUGAUGCUGUCGGCCGGGUAACCGGUGAAUGGGGUAAAUGGCAAUUGCGCACCGUGCUCUUGAUAUUUUUAUGUAAAAUUCCCUCUUCCUGGUUUAUGGCCUGUAUUAUAUUUACCGCUCCGGCUCCACGUCAUGGUGAAUUCUUCUGUAAACCACCUCCCCAGAUAGGUGCCAAAAAUCAAACGGCCUGGAUUAAAGUUUCACAUCCGCAAAAAGAAGAAGCUGAGGAUCAAGAGUUUUCUAUAGAUUUCUGUAAUGUUUAUAAAGAUGCUCAGGAACAUGCCCAUCAUUACUAUAACUAUGAGCGGGAGGAAGAUGAACCGAGAGUUUGGCUGGAACCGGAAAAUAAUAAAGAUAUUAUACCCUGUACACAAUUUGAACAUCAAGCGGAAUUUCAUUCGGUAAUAACACAAUAUGAUCUGGUGUGUUCGCGUGAUAUUUUGGUGUCAGUGACGCAGUUCUUCCAUUUGUUUGGUGUACUGACGGGCGGUAUACUGGCGAAUCAUUUAUUGAGAUAUUUCAGUCCCCGUAUGGUAAUGCUGUUUGGUAUGGUCACGCAAAUCUUUUGUGGUACUAUGACAGGUCAUGUGGCCUCAUAUGAAUUGCAUGUCUUCUUCCGUUGUCUAUCGGCUGUGUGUUGUGCUCAAAUGUAUACCGCUGGUGGCAUGAUUAUGGCCGAUAUAACGGGUGGUACUUACAAGACCUGCGUCUCAACAUUAUUUGAACAGUUCUGGUCUAUAGGCGUGAUAAUGUUACCCGGUGUGGCUAGUUUCUUUUCGAGUUGGUCACACUUAUAUAUGGCCAUUUCAUGUCCCACUGUGAUACUCAUAUAUUUAUGGCAAUGGAUUCCCGAUUCUCCCCGUUGGAUGGUAGCAAGAGGAAGAGUUUUGGAAGCCAAACGGAUAUUAAUAAAGUGUGCUGAAAUGAACGGUACUCGUUAUAGUCUUCCUCAUGAUAUCGAUCAGCAAUUACAGCUACAGGCUCAGACGGCCAUGGAUGCACCACCCCCAGCCAGCUGGUGGACCAUAUGGAAGGGUGAAAAGGCUGUAAGACACAUGAUAUGCGUGCACUUGUGCUGGUCCAUUUAUAUAGUAGUCUAUUAUGGAAUGUUAUUGAAUAUACGCUCAUUUAGUCGUGACCAUUUACAAAUUAAUACUGUGAUAGCCGGUAUUUCAGAAAUUAUCGGUACAUUUAUUGGUCUAUUCCUGAUAUUGAAAACCACACGCAAAUGGGUGUGGACGGGUUUGUUUAAUAUAGUAGCGGGUUGUAUAGCGUAUAUGGGUUGGCUGGUACCGCAUGAUAUUGAUUUUGAUGGUCGUGUGGCCUUAUUAAUGUUAACCGCCAUGAUAUCUAAAAUUGCCAUUUCCUGUACCUUAGCCAUACUCACCACCUGCACCGUGGAGCUGGUAAGCAAUGAGAAAAAGAAAAUCUGCGCCUUUUCCACCAUUUGUUGGGCCCGUUUUUGGCUUUUGGGUGCUCCGUUUAUAGGAGCCACCGUCGUCUUUGGCCAACUAAUACCACAAACAGCUUUUGCCUCUUUAGCUAUAACGGGAGGCUUUUUAAGCACACUUAUCUCUAGUCCACGCACCAUACCCAAGAAACAUAGUUCGCAGGUGACCAGUAAUAUGGCCGCCGCCACACAAAUGCCCAACGAGGGAGGCAUUGAUAAUAAGGCUUACUCCAAGGGACCUAUAUUUAAUAAUAUUAGCGCUAAAAUGACCACACAACAAACUAAUCUACCUCCACAAUUAAUGCCUGGUAUUUGGACAACCAAAAAUCAUGAAGAAACUCCACCCAUAUGAUUUUCUGAUUUUCUUAGACCCUCCCCCUUCUCACUCUCCCCCUUAAAGCCUUUCUUUAAGUUGAAUUUUUCUUCUUAUAUCAAGCAAUCAAAAAUUAUCUAUUUAAAGCACCAGAUUCCACCCUAAGAAUCUCAAAAUAUAACGGGUAUUGUAGAAUAAAUUUAAUUCUAUUUGCAAAAACCAAAACCAAAAAAAUAGUAAAACAACUAAAAAAAAAACUUAGUAGAGCUUCAAGCUUUUAAAAAAGAGUAAAUUUAAAGAAAUUUUAUUAAAAAUUUCUUACGUUCAAUUAAGUAGUUGUAAUCAACAAAUAAAACAAAAUAAACGGUCAGUUUUUGUUUAAGCUUUAUAGGACCAUUUAACUGAAAUUCGAAUAUAUUAUAUUUCGAAUAUAAAUAUUGAAAUUUUUUCUUUAAAACAAAACUUACAUAAACCCCAGUUUAUAAUUAUUAUUAUGAUUAUUCCUUAGACAAAUUAGUAAAAUAUUUUUAAUUAAACCAAACAAAGUUAAAAAAAAGAUUAUUAAAUAAUUAGCAAUUUCAUUAUGCUCAAUUAAAGAAUAUAAUAUUUAAAAAAAUGCCUCUAAAUUUUAAUUAAUAUGAACAAAAAAAUAUUAGAAAAUUUAUAUAUUUUAUGUAAAAAGUAAAAAAAAAAGAUGUUUACAAAAUCUAAUUUUAGCAAAACUUAAAUUAAGUUCAAUAACAGGGUUUUAAUUCUCCCCAAUAAUUCCCUAAAUAGAAAAAUUUUAUGGAAAAUUUAAAAAAAAUAUAAAUUUUUUAAAAAUCUUCAAUUUAAAUAAAGUUAUUUUUCUAAAUUUUAAAUUAAAUCAAAAAAAAUUCAAAAUUUUACUUUAAAAGACAAUAUUAAUGAAAUUUUUUCUAUAAACAAUGAAAUUUAUUGAAAAUUUUGUAAAAAUACAAACAUUUUUUUUUUGAAAAUUCUCUAUAAAUAAUGACAUUUAUCAAAAUUUGUAACUAAAUGGAAUAAUUUUAUACAAAAUUUUACUUUAAACGGUAAAACUAAACGAAAUUGAUUCUCUAAACGGAGAAAUUUAGUGAAAAUUUUAAUUUAAAAAAAUUUAAUUAAAAAAAAUUCUUAUAAAAUUUCGUUGAAUAGAGAAAUUUAUUAAAAAAUGUCGAUAAAUAAAGAAAUAUCUUGAAUUUUAAUAAAAAUAUUACUAAAUUUUUUCUUUAUAUAGAUUAAUUUAUCGAAAAUUAUCUAUAAAUGAAGAAAUUUAUUAAAAUGAAGAGUUUUUUUUUUUUUUUUAAAUUUCGAUUAAAAAUUUAUCGAACAUUUUCUAUAAAUUAUGAGUUUUAACAAAAUUUAUUGAAAAUUUUACUCUAAGUGGAAAAGUUUAACGAAAUUUUUUCUUUAAAAAAAGAAAUUUUCUAAAAUAGACAAAAUUUAUAAAAAUUUUGCCUUAAAUCAGGCGCGGAUCCAUGGGGGAAAGGAAAAUUUACCAAUCUCUCCCCAAAACCGAAAAUUUUUCAUACAAAAUAUAAAAAUG